GAUUUUACCAACAAGGAUUUGUCAGAGACAAACACUCGGUAUAAUAUUAACUGGACAGAUCAAUUCUGAUGUUCUUUUGAACACAAAAGGGAACAUAAGGCUACCGUUUUUUCGUCAUAAAUGAUGAACACACUUAUCAUGAAUGUGUGACACCUGUACUAAACAUUAGGAUGAGUUAGGAUGACUUGCCUCAUGAUGAAUUAUUGUGUAAAACUUUAUUUUGAAAUAGCCAAAUUUCCAAUUUGGCUUGUGAAACAAACUCAUGGACAUGCGUAUCAGCAAACAUACACACACGCACACGAGCAUACACACGCACGCAUAGAUUUAGUUAUAAAGCUGUAGCUUCAGCCCCUGCAAAGCCACACUUUACAGCUCUGCUACAGUGUGAAACUUCACAUCAGAGGACUUCACCCCGGGACAAACAUGGACCUGAACACCAGAACUCUGCUUCUGUGCUUAGCUUUUGCCCUCACAAGGGCAGCACCACUGCAGGACUCAGCAACGGAUGAUGGUCUGCCAGACCGAUGUUCUGGUAUUGAGUUUGAUGCCAUCGCUCCAGAUGACAAAGGAAACACUUUUUUCUUCAAAGGUAAUUAUCUGUGGAAGGGCUUCAACGGUCCAGCUCAGCUCUCCAAUGAGUACUUUAAGAAUCUGAUUGGUCAAGUUGACGCUGGUUUCCGGAUGCACAGCACAGAUAACCCGGAUGACCAUGAUCACGUCUACCUUUUUGUGGAUGACAAGGUAUACAGUUACUUUAACCAAACUCUGGAGGAAGGUUAUCCAAAAGGGAUUCAAGAGGAUUUCGCUGGAGUCCCGACUCACCUGGAUGCGGCUGUGGAGUGUCCCAAAGGCGAAUGCAUGACAGAUUCUGUUCUGUUCUUUAAAGGACAAGAUGUGCAUGUUUAUGAUAUUGCCACAAAAUCAGUGAAGACCAAGACAUGGGCCCAGCUCCCUGCCUGCACUUCCGUUUUCCGCUGGCUGGAGCACUACUACUGUUUCCAUGGACACCAAUUCACCAGAUUCAACCCUGUAUCAGGAGAGGUGAACGGCUCCUACCCCAAGGAUGCACGCAGUUACUUCAUGCGCUGCCCGAACUUUGGUCACGGAGGCGAUUAUAAAGGCCGCAAAUGCAGCGAUGUGAAACUAGACGCCAUCACCACAGACGAUGGAGGCCGAACUUAUUUCUUUGCAGGUCCCAUCUACAUGCGUCUGGACACUCGCCGCGACGGCCUGCACGCCUUUCCAAUAACCAGGACGUGGAAAGAAGUGACAAAUGGCGUGGACGCCGUUUUCUCCUACACUGACAAAAUCUACAUGAUUAAGGAAAAUCAGGUUUACAUCUAUAAGGCAGGUGCUCACUUCACCCUGAUUGAAGGCUACCCUAAAACGGUGGAAGAGGAACUGGGCUUUCAGGGAAAGGUGGAUGCUGCUUUUGUGUGUCCAAAUGAGCACACUGUUCGUGUUAUUCAAGGAAACCAGAUGCGUUCCGUCGACCUCACCGCCACACCCAGGGUUGUAACCCAAGAAGUGCCCUUGCCCGUUUCUGGCAUUGAUGCUGGUCUAUGCGGCUCAGAAGGAAUUAAACUGUUCAAGGGCCCACAGUAUUACCAAUACGACAGCCCUAUGAUACUGGCCAUGGGCAGGAUUGCCGUUCAACUUCAGAAGAUCAGCGCAGAAAUGAUGGGAUACGACGGACAGUAUAAACAAAAGCAGUUCCAUGGCUCCACUGGAAAUUCUUGGUGUGUGGACACUCAGGGACGUGAAAUACCUGGAACCAGAACCGGACCUGGUAAAGACUCUGUAGACUGCAGCAAACUGGAUGACCGUCACUGUGAGCGACACAGAAACAGUCUCGAGGGCACUGCUCCAGGUGGAGCACCUGCACCCGGAUCCUACAUCCCACAGUGUGAUGAAAAUGGACAGUAUCAGCAAAAGCAGUGCCAUGGCUCCACCGGAAAUUGUUGGUGCGUGGACCAUUUGGGACAGGAAAAAGAAGGCACCAGGACUUUACCAGGUGCACCGGCCGUAGACUGCAGCAAACAAGAUGGGCGUGUGUGUCACCACCACAGAGACGGGGUAAAGACUGUGAGCGAUGAUGGAGCUCCUGUGGUUGGAGCUUAUGUACCACAGUGUCAUGAAGAAGGCCAUUAUCUGCCAAAGCAGUGUCAUGGCUCCACUGGAUAUUGUUGGUGCGUGGGUCGUGAUGGGAAAGAAAUUCCAGGCACCAAAACUCCACCUGGGAAACCAUCUGUAGACUGUGACAAACUAGAUGAACUAAAGGGUCAUUGUAAGAGACACAGAGACACAGCAAGUGGCGACCAGGAUGGUGCAACUCAGGUCGGAGGCUACGUACCACAGUGUGACGAGAACGAUGAGUAUACCCCAAAGCAGUGUCACGCCUCUACUGGACAUUGUUGGUGCGUGGACCGUAGAGGACGGGAAAGACCAGGAACCAAGAUUCCUCCUGGAACUCCAGCUAUAGACUGCACCAAAGCCGGUCCCGUGUUCCUGCGUCUGGACACCAGCCAAGGCCUGCGCUCCCUUCCAGUGACCAGGGCAUGGGUGGAUCUGGGCGACCGGGUGGACGCUGCUUACACUCACACUGACAAAAUCUAUCUGAUCAAGGGCGAUCAGGUUUAUGCCUACCAAGUGGAAGCUCCCCACGCUCCGGUUGAUGGCUAUCCCAAAACUGUAAAGGAGGAGCUGGGCCUUCAGGGCCACGUGGAUGCUGCUUUCAUGUGUCCAGAUGAACAAAUCCUUCAUGUCAUUCGAGGGGGGAGGAUGUUUGAUGUUGACCUCACUGCUGCAACUAGGGAAGUUAACAAACAACUUCCCAUCCCGCUGAAGGAUAUCGAUGCUGCUUUUUGUGAUCGAGAUGGAGUCAAAUUAUUCAGGCGCUCAAUCUAUUACAAAUAUUUUUCAGCCAUGGAUUUGGUCACCAGCAGGGUUGCUGUCACGCCUCUUAAGAUCACCUCAGAAAUACUGGAAUGUGAGGAUUAG